AUGGGAGACGUCGACUGGGCGAAUAUCAAUGCCGUCGACGCCGUUUUGAAGAUUGCGUACGUUUCUCGGCCUCUCUCUCUCUCUCUCUCUCUCUCUCCCGCAAAAAUCACUCAUUUUCAGACAAGCCCAACGAGACAAAGAGACGUGAGAAUUGGAAAGAAACUGAAGAGGCCGAUCCAUUAAUGGAAAUGAAUUUCAGAGUGGAAAAUGCGCACUUUUGGUGCAGUUUUCAGGGAAAAGAUGCGUGUAAGAACCUUCUGGAACGACUGGCCGAGACGAAAUAUCCGACAGUUUGGGGCGCGAACUACGUGGACUCUAGUUAGUUGGUUCAAAUGCUCUCUUGACUUUUGUACUUUUCUAACAGAUGCGAGCCCUCGAGAGAACUACCGACAGAAGAUCGAGAAGUUGUUCUGCAAAACUUACCCCGGAGGUUCCUCUUCUUCUUCUUCUUCUUCUCUACGAAUUUCCCUUCAGAACUGUUCUGCUCCUCUUCCGGCGAGCCUCCCCAAUCCUCGGACUCUCCUCCAAACGGUCCCAGUGAUGCAGAUGCUCCGAAGACGACUUCCGAAGCAUUCCUGGCCGGCAACAUGGCUCUAGUGAUCGGCGGAAUGCUCGGAUUGGCCGUCGUCUGUCUGCUGAUGAGUUGUGCCGCCUGGUACUAUUCCAAAAAACAGAGCGGUCCCACGGCGACCACUCAAAGUGCUCCGAUUGCUCCGUCUCCGGUGGGCAGAGGCUCUGUGAGCAAGGUGGAGAAGAAGAAGAAGCGGAAGAAGAAGAAGAAGAUGAAGACGGAGAAGAAGGAGGAAUCGAAGCAGGAAACACUCGUGAAAAAAGAGAAGGAAGAGUCGAAAAAGGAGAAGAAACCGGAGAAAUCGAAGAUCGAAGAGAAGAAGGAGAAGAAAGAAGAGAAGAAAGAAGAAGAAGAAGAAGAAGCGGAGAAGCAGAAAGUCGCCGAGAAUCCGAAUCCAGACGACAACUUGGCCGAACUUCCGCAAGCAGCCGAAUCUUCCGGAAUCCACUCUCACAACCUGUACUCGGGAGGACUCGUCUAG